CCCCCGACUAGGCCAACACAUCAAUUCAUUUAUCGAUGCACUUAUCUCUUUUUCCAGUUUACUUGUUCUUGUUUGGAGCCAUGGCAGUCAGCCCUAUCACCUCGCACGUUCUCGACGCAGCCCGCGGCACCCCCGCCCAAGGUGUGCCCAUCAGCAUCAGCUACGCCCCGACAUCGGAGAUUGCCUCUUCAGGCCAAAGCUCGGUGAUUGGACGUGGCGUCACCAACAGCGAUGGGCGCUGCCCUUUGCUGCUCGAUUCUGAGUAUGUUCUCAAGCCCGGAGUUUACACUGUGCACUUUGACACAAAGACAUACUUUGCGCUGCACGGCGAGAAGAGCUUCUACCCGUUCGUCGAUGUCACUUUUGAGAUCGAUCAGGCCGCUCCUCACUACCACAUUCCGCUCAACCUGGCGCCCUUCUCGUAUACUACCUACCGCGGCAGCUAAAUGUUAGGCUUGGCCAGGUUUUUAUUUAGUUAUUUUUGUAGUUAAAAUUUUUAUUUAACAAUGUUAAUGGCAGCCACCGACAUUAUCCAAAUGGG